AUGACCGUGUCAACCAUAUGCAUCCAUCUACCCCAUCGAGUCCACAUAUACCGCUACGUUUUCAAGAUGCCUGCAACCAAGACCUCGGCCGUGGCCGACGAGCAGGAGCCCAUCAACGUCCUGUUCGCUCUCCACCCAAAGUUUGACUUGCUUGACUUUGCCGGCCCCGUCGAGGUCUUUUCCACAGCUCUUCACGAUAGAGAUGAUCCAUCCUCCAGAGCCUUCGAGAUCACCCUCGCGAGCAGCGAGCCCCAGGUCCUGAGCGAGCAGGGCAUCAUCGUAAACUCCCACAUCACCUUCAAGGAAGCCCACGACAACCUGGAGGACUACGACGUCCUGGUCGUCCUGGGCGGCAACAUGCUCUCCCUCGUCAAGACCGAGGACCAGCCCGCCGGCCUGAUCGUCGACUUCUCCGAGCUCCAGAAGAAGGAGCCGGCCCGCGAGCGCACCCUCCUCUCCGUCUGCACCGGUUCCCUCCUCCUGGCCAAGGAGGGCAUCCUCUCGGGCCUCUCGGCCACCACCCACCCCGACUUCCUCACCACCUUUGAGAAUCUGUGCAGCGACGCCGCCACCCGCAACCUCCAAGAGCGCACGGACAUCGUCGAGGAUGCCCGCUACGUCGUCAACAACCUCCGCUUCGACCUCGACGGGGAGGACUCUAGCCCUUAUAUCCCCAUGCGUCUCGGCGGUCUCCGCGUCAUCACGUCCGGAGGCAACAGCGCCGGCAUAGACGCGGCCCUCUACCUCGUCAGCGCCAUGGUCGACGAGGAGUGCGCCUUCGCCGUCUCCAGGAUGAUGCAGUGGAACUGGACCAAGGGAGUCGUCGUUGACGGACUGGAUGUUUAG